AUGCCGGCCACCAAAGGCGAAGAGAAGGGCGAGUCCUCUACAGCGGCUGCGAAGCAGGUGUUGAAAGCCAAUCCUAAUGGGAUUGCAAACUACGAAUUACCAUGGGUUGAGAAAUAUCGCCCGGUCUUCCUAGAUGAUAUUGUAGGCAACACGGAAACUAUCGAACGACUGAAGAUUAUUGCCAAGGAUGGGAAUAUGCCACAUGUUAUUAUCUCAGGGAUGCCUGGAAUUGGCAAAACGACGUCCGUACUUUGCCUUGCAAGACAACUCCUUAGAGAUUCGUAUAAAGAGGCUGUUCUCGAGCUUAAUGCUAGUGAUGAGCGAGGAAUCGAUGUCGUGCGGAACCGUAUUAAAGGCUUCGCCCAAAAGAAGGUUACACUGCCCCAAGGCCGACAAAAACUGGUCAUUCUCGAUGAGGCGGACAGUAUGACAUCCGGCGCACAGCAAGCGCUUCGGCGAACCAUGGAGAUAUACUCUGCGACCACAAGAUUUGCAUUCGCGUGCAAUCAAUCGAAUAAGAUCAUUGAGCCACUUCAAUCUCGUUGUGCGAUCCUACGAUACUCCCGGCUGACAGAUGCACAAGUGGUGAAGAGGUUGCUGCAAAUUAUAGAGGCGGAGAAGAUUGAAUAUAGCGAAGAUGGAUUAGCUGCUCUUGUCUUUACCGCGGAGGGUGAUAUGCGGCAAGCUAUCAAUAAUCUUCAAUCAACCUGGGCGGGAUUUGGAUUCGUGAGUGGGGAUAACGUAUUCAAAGUCGUUGAUUCUCCCCAUCCCAUUAAAAUCCAGGCGAUGUUGAAGGCAUGCUAUGAGGGCAAGGUUGAUGCCGCGUUGGAGACUUUGAAGGAGCUGUGGGAUUUGGGAUACUCGAGCCACGACAUAAUCAGCACGAUGUUCCGGGUUACGAAGACGAUUCCGACCUUGAGCGAGCAUUCGAAGCUAGAAUUCAUCAAGGAGAUUGGCUUUACUCACAUGAAGAUAUUGGAAGGUGUGCAGACGCUGCUCCAACUCAGUGGGUGUGUUUCAAGACUUGCGAAGAUUAAUAUGGAUCCGAAAAAGUUCGUUGCUAAAUAA